ACUCUUAAUGUUGGCAAGAUUUGACAAACAUUUUCAUGUUAAGUCAAUAAAACGCCGCCGUGAAUAUAUUAUUUUCUAAUAGUGUAUAUUUUUGAUCAAUUUAUUAACAACAAAUACGAAAAUGAGCGGAGACGGUAAUCAAUCGGAGCAAUUUGACACGUUAUUUUUAUCAAUCGCACAGCAUCAUCCACAAGGACCGACACAGCUUCUAGAUACAUUUGUUAGCUUCUUGAGUAGAAAAACUGACUUUUUCACUGGAGCACAAGAAGGAGAAUGGGAAAAGUUGGUUAUGAACACGUUCAAGAAGUACGAAAAAUCGAGUCGCGAACAAUACGAAGAAAAACUAAAAGAGAAACGCGAACAAGAAGCUAGGAAAAAAGCAGCUGCUGCUAAAAAAGCGGAAUCCGAAGCGGUCAAACCAGCUCAAAUUACAGAAAUAACUGAUGAAGAAGCAGAAAGACUUCAAGCGGAAAUAGACGCUAAUAAAAAUACUCCUAGUUGUCCUUCUGAUGAAUCGGAAACUACUUCGACACCCAAGAAGAUUGAAAAUGACGAAGAUGCUUCUGAAAAUGGCAAAUUAAUGCCUAAUAAAGGAAAUGGCUGUGAUCUAGAGAACUAUUCAUGGACACAGAAUUUAGGAGAUGUCGAGUUGAGGGUACCUUUGAAGGUGAAUUUCCGAGCUAAACAAAAGGACGUAGUGGUGAAUAUGACGAAAAAACAUUUGAAAUGCGGUCUGAAAGGUCAACCACCGAUCAUAGACGACGAUUUUCCUCACGAAAUAAAAUUGGAAGAAUCCGCUUGGGUUAUAGAAGACGGAAAAGAUCUUUUGUUCACAUUCGAAAAAGUUAACAAAAUGAAUUGGUGGGAUAAAGUGGUGAAAUCCGAUCCGGAAAUAAGUACCAAAAAAAUCAAUCCGGAACCGUCGAAAUUGAGCGAUUUGGACGGAGAAACGAGAGGUAUGGUAGAAAAAAUGAUGUACGAUCAACGACAAAAAGAAAUGGGUUUACCUACUAGUGACGAACAGAAAAAACAGGACGUGCUUAAAAAAUUUAUGGAACAACAUCCCGAAAUGGAUUUCUCCAAAUGCAAAUUUAACUAAAACGUUCCUCAUACUUUUUUAAAAAACUUCUCGAUAACCUUAAUUACAGCAUUCGUAUAACGAUUUUUUCUUUAAUUAACCUUCAGUUUGUAAAAACAGUAGGGGCAAUAUUGUCGGCAAAUUCGGAAUAUCCCUCGUAUACACCGACCCGUAUUAGUUGAUCCACCCUCAAAACAUAUAUACUUACAAUUAAUUGGGAUAAUUUCGUUCACAUUGUAAAUUUUUUUUGAGUUUUUGAUUUAACUUUAUUCACUCUCACUCUUCAUAUUUAUAAUUUUCUUAAUUUUUCUGAAUAAAGCUGCAAAAUUA